AAUUGAUAGCUUUUGGCGGUGAAAUGCAAAAUGGGAAAAUGAAGCCGGAGAAUCUCCUCCGACGAUCGACGGCGAAUCGUAAACUAACCACCGGCUGUGAAAUCCUCGACGAAUGUCUUCGUGGCGGAAUUUCCUGCGAUUCUGUGACGGAAAUCGUGGCGGAGAGUGGCUGCGGGAAGACACAACUCUGUCUUCAGCUAUCGCUCUGUGCCCAACUUCCGAUUUCACACGGCGGACUCAACGGUUCUUCUCUUUAUCUCCACUCCGAGUUUCCAUUUCCGUUUCGCCGUCUUCAUCAGCUCUCGCAUUCGUUUCAUCAAUCAAACCCUAGUAUUUACGCGAAUCACAAUGAUAAUCCUUGUGACCAUGUGUUUGUACAAAAUGUUCAUUCUGUAGACCACCUGUUCGACAUAAUGCCUAGGAUUGAUGGGUUUGUUGGGAAUUCGAAAAAUCGGCUUCCUUUGAAGUUGAUUGUGCUUGAUUCUGUAGCGGCAUUGUUUAGAUCGGAAUUUGAUAAUACUCCGUCUGAUCUUAAGAAGAGAUCUUCUUUGUUUUUCAAGAUAUCUGAGAAAUUGAAGCAGUUGGCAAAUAAGUUUGAUUUGGCUGUUGUGAUUACGAAUCAAGUUACGGAUUUCGUUGAAUCUUCUGAUGGGUUAAGUGGGUUGAGGAUUGGGAAUUUGAGGUAUUUGUAUUCGUCUGGGAGACGAAUUGCUCCUGCUUUAGGCUUGGCUUGGGCCAAUUGUGUGAAUUCUAGAUUUUUUAUUUCACGAAGUGAUGAUAGUAUUGGUAAAGAUAGAAGCGAAAAGGACGAGAGCAGUUCAAGUUCUGUGUCCAGAAGAGCUCAGAGACGGCUUGACAUUGUUUUUUCACCUUAUUUGCCUGGGAAUUCUUGCGAGUUCAUGAUCACACGAGAGGGGAUUUGUGCGGUUCAAGCGUAGGUGAUCUCUGGUGCUAUGUAAGAUCAUUUUUGUUCGAAGUAUCACGAGCUUUUUUUGGAGUUUUUGUGCAUUAUAUAUGUAGAUUGCAGAGGGAUCCGGGAGAUGGAUUGCAGCAAAGCCAGGUUCUUUCACAUUCCUCCUCUUAUUUGGAUGUGAUAUAGAAAACCGCUUUCGUGCUUGUCUUUAGUUUAAAAGCAUUCUGUAAACGAUUCCUCAUUCUUAUAAUGCUUUUUGUAUAAUUCCAGUUUGCUCCCAAGUCUACUGCAAGCUUCUCACUUUGUUCUCUGAUUCUCUUUUCCUUUUCAUCAUUGAACUUUCACAUAGACUAAAACUACUAGAUUUCCCACUUAGUUGCUAUCUUCAUCCUUUAUUGAUUAAAUGACUGAAAUGGUU